AUGUUUAGUGGGGAAGAAGAUGAAUUAGGUGAGAAAAGUGAAGUUGAUGUUGAAGGAAAGGGAAAGGUGAAAUUUAUAGAGAAUGAGGAAGAAGGUGAGGAGAAUAAGGAAAGUGAAGGGGUUGCUAAAAAGAAGGCUAGGAAAAAGGGAAUUAAAUUGAAGAAUGAGGAGGUGGAGACCAAGGAAGGAAGGAGAAUGAUUGUAAUGUGGAAGAGAAUGGAGAUUAGUGAUGAUGCAGGAUUGAAGAGUGUUGUGGACAACGUGAAGUCGAAGGUUAAACGCACAAAUUGGGUUACGAAUUGGGUUGUGUUGCAUUUGGUGGCUUCAUCUUCAACACCUAAGGUAGAUACUCAAUUUGCAUCUAAAGUUCUUGUUUCUGGCAUGCAAAGACUUGGUGCUAAGAUUGUUAAAAACAUUGUUCUUGCUAGUGUCAAGUCGGUUACAUUGCAUGAUGAAGGGGGCAAACAAUCUUCAAAGUAUUCAACAGUUACUGAAGUAAAAGAGGAGCCUAAAGUUGAAGAAGUUGGAUGUGUUCAAGCUGAUAUUUCUGUCCUUAUGAUGUCCGAAAAUUCUUUGAUGGAGGCUGAAAUUUCUGCACAUCCGAAGCAUAGGAAGGAAAGGAACGUUCAUCAAGUGGAUAGCUUUAAGUUUCUUGACAGCAACCUUUUGACUGAUGAUCCAAGGGGUUGCAUUUUAGCCCAUGCUUCAGGUUCAGGAAAGACAUUCAUGGUCAUCAAUUCUAUACAAAGCUUCCUAGCCAAAAAUCCUGAUGUCAGACCAUUGGUCAUACUACCUGAAGGAAUCUUAGCUAACUUAAAGAAGGAAAUUACAAUAUGGCAAGUUGAGGCUGACGUGGAGAAGAAAAAGUUAGCUAUGACAGUUAACUACAGUUGCAGCAGAAAAGCUGAAGCUGCUGCAGCAAUGAAGCAUGACCCUUACAACUGGCUUAACUGA